GCGGAAGUUGCAUUUUAUUUUGUAGUAGUGUUUACACAGCUGAUGUGGUGACGAACUUGUUGCAGAUCAGGAGCGAAAUGCUGAAUUUUACAGCAUGAGAAAAAGAAACACGGCAGCUGGAAUCGUCCUUUAAUCUCUGACAGAGGACGGAGGAUGUACCCCGCCUUUGAGCGGCGCCGCUCGGAGCUGGUGGCCCGGGAAAGGAGCGGACACACGGCUGUGGUGGCGGACAACCUGCUGUAUGUGUGGGGAGGCUACACGUCCAUUGCUGAUGAAGAGAUUUUUAUUCCCAGUGAUGAAAUCUGGGUCUAUGACUUAGAAGGAGGUAUAUGGCAGGUGUUUCACAUGACAGGUGAGGUCCCUACCUCCAUGUCUGGGACCUGUGGCUGCUCCCUGAAUGGAAACAUGUACAUAUUUGGAGGAUGUGAUAACAGCGGACAGACCAAUCAGAUGUUCUGUGUUGACCUGACAGACGGUAAAUAUGUGUGGAAGAAGAUCGUACCAGAGUUUGGUUCUGCUCCCUCGCCUCGAGACAAACUGUCCUGCUGGGUUUAUGAUGGAAAACUUAUCUACUUUGGAGGAUAUGGUCAUAAGGUACUGGCUGAUGUCUCCAGCAGGAACAGAAACUUCAUCCUUGAUGAACCGUCCGGGCUGGAGGAUUCAUUUUGGGGAUGGAACAAUGAAGUUCAUAUAUAUGACCCUGUUGAAGGCAGCUGGACUGAACCCCGAACUCAUGGUCGCACUCCUGCUCCAAGAGCAGCACAUGCCGGCACCACGCUUGGCUGCAAAGGAUACGUCUGUGGAGGCAGAGUCAUGGAAACCAGAACGUAUGACAUUCAUUGCCUAGAUCUUGAAUCAUGGACGUGGACUGAAAUAGUUCCUUUAUCAGCCACUCCAGUGGGCAGAUCAUGGCAUACCCUCACAGCGGUGUCAGAGACCACCAUGUUCCUGUUCGGAGGUCUCAGUGUAGACUGCAAACCAAUGAGUGAUGGCUGGUUGUUUGACGUUGAAACAAAGAAAUGGAGAGAGUUUGAACAUCCCUAUCAGAAUAAACCAAGGUUGUGGCACACAGCAUGCGCCAGCAGAGACUCAGAUGUGAUUGUGUUUGGUGGAAGCUGUGACUACAUCCUGCUGGUAGACACUGGACAUUGCAACGACGCGCUUGUUUUCCAGACGCAGCCGCAUCCUUUGUUCAGGAUUUCUAAGGAUUACAUCGCAAAGAAUGUGAGAAACUUGGAGAGCCUCAGAAAUCAGCUUCAUCUUCUACCUCCCAAACUGCUGAAGGCUCUGCAGAUGAGGAUAGCUUUCUACAGGCCUUCAAAGAAGCAAAAUAACUGUUGAACAUGGUCUAAAUGCCAAAAGAGCACUAUAUCAUAAAGGGUUUGACAGUUUUCCUUUUAAAACACACUGUGCAGAAUAUUUUAUGGAGUUUUAUUUGAGUGUUUAACAGAUUUUGACCUUUUAUGUUGUGCAGUGUCCAAACCAUUAUGUUCAGUUUAUGUGAUGGCUCUUUAUUAAAUAAGCUGUUUGGAAACCA